AUGGCUGAUUCCGACCCCCCAAAUGCGUCGACUUCCGCGUUCGUGUCUUCGCUGAUCUUUUACGGCAUCAUCGCCCUUAUCUUCGUGCUUGUUUUUGUGAUGCUACGACCAAAGGAGCCCCGGGUGUACCAACCCAGGGCUUUGAGAGAUGUCAUCACAGUGCGCGAGGAGGAGCGUACCGAGGAGGUGCCCGAAGGUCCCUUCGCGUGGUUGGGCUACCUGAUUAGCAGGCCACACUCGUUCCUCAUCCAGCACGCAGGCAUUGACGGAUACUUGUUUUUGCGUUACGUCGCUGUGUUUGGUGGGCUCUCAAUGAUUGGGUGCCUCAUGCUGUUCCCUAUCCUGCUCCCCGUCAACGCUACAAACGGACACAACUUUUCUGGGUUUGAAAUUCUCUCUUUUGCUAACGUUAAAAACAACAACAGGUACUACGCCCACGUCUUUUUGUCGUGGUUCUUUUUCGGCCUGGUUAUCUACGUCAUCUUCAGAGAGCUAUACCACUUUGUGUCUUUGAGACAUGCUAUCCAAAGCAGUCCCUUAUACGAUGGACUGAUCUCCUCUCGCACUGUUGUCCUCACUGAGCUUUCCGCAGACCUCCAGAACGAGGCUGAAAUCCAGAAGCGUUUCCAGAACUGCUCCAACGUCGUGUUUGCUCGCGACAACUCUGAGUUACAAGCCCUGGUUCAGGAAAGAGCCAAGCUCGCAAACAAGUACGAGGGCUGCAUGAACAAGGUGAUCAAAAAGUCAUUGAAAAUCAGAGCGAAAGCUGAGAAGAAAGGAAAACUUGAUGAGCUAAUUGGCAGCAAACCAGAAGAUGAUCUACAAACAUACAUUCCCCAGAACAAGAGACCAACCCACCGCUUGGGUAAGAUUCCAUUGCCAAUUAUUGGUGGCGAGAAAGUUGACACUCUUGAGUACUGUAGCAAGCGUAUCGGAGAGCUGAAUGAUGACAUUAAAGAAAAGCAGCAGGCUUGGGACACUCAGGACAAGGUUGGUGCAUGCUUCUUGGAAUUCAAAGGCCAGCUCGAUGCUCAGAGGGCCUACCAGUCUGUGAAAUACAUUUUAGACAAAGGAUCCUAUGACCAGUGUAUGAUUGGGUGUCCCCCAGAGGACUUGACUUGGGCCAACAUGGGGCUCUCUAAAAAGGCGAGGAAAUCAAAGCGGACGGUUGCCAACACUGUAUUGGUCUUGAUGAUUAUUUUCUGGGCUAUCCCCGUGGCAGUCGUUGGUUUUAUUUCAAAUAUCAACUUUUUGAUUGAGACACUUAAGUUCCUAGAAUUCAUCAAGAAGUUGCCUAAGGUUUUGCUUGGCCUCAUCACCGGUCUUCUCCCAACUGUUGCUUUGGCUAUUUUGAUGUCCCUCGUUCCCAUUUUCAUUAAGAAGCUUGGGUCUAUCAGUGGCUGUAUGAGUAUACAGGAACAAGAACUGUACUGCCAAGCCUGGUACUACGCUUUCAAUGUGGUUCAAGUAUUCAUUGUUUUCACCUGCGCUUCCUCUGCCGUCUCCACCAUUAAAUCUAUCAUGGAUGACCCUUCAUCUGCGAUGACCCUCCUUGCAGCCAACCUCCCCAAAUCAUCCAACUUCUACAUCAACUAUUACAUUCUACAGGGCCUAUCCUUCUCAAGUGGUACUUUGGCCCAGCUUGUCAAUUUGAUCCUCAGCAGAUUCCUAGGUAGAAUUUUGGACUCCACUCCAAGACAAAAAUGGGCUCGUUACAACACUCUGUCGAAGCCAACGUGGGGUGUGCUAUAUCCUAACAUGGAAUUGCUAGUGUGCAUUUUGAUUUGUUAUGCUUUCGUGCAACCAAUUAUACUUCUUUUCUCUACUAUUUGCUUGGGUCUGUUCUACAUCGCCUAUAUCUACAGCUUCAACUACGUUAUGGGCUUUUCAUUUGACCUCAGAGGUAGAAACUAUGGCAGGGCUCUUUUCCAGGUGUUCCUUGGGCUAUACCUUGCCGAGAUUUGUCUCCUAGGUCUUUUCAUCAUGGCAAAGACAUGGGGUCCAGUCGUUCUCGAGGCUGUCUUCAUUGCUUUUACAGCGCUGUGCCACUUGUAUUUCCAAAGACGCUUCUUGCCACUGUUUGAUUGUGUGCCUUUGAGCGCAAUCAGAUAUGCCAGAGGUGAGAGCACAUUUUUCUACCCAACUAAGGACCAGGGUUUGAGCGAAAUAAAGAGCACAGCCGAGCAAUUCAAACAUGAACAAGAUGAGAACGAGACUGGCGGCGUUUUGCAGCCUGCUACCUCAGUUGAAUUGAAAAAGGCUGGAAUCUUGUCGGACGACGAAGGCGAACCCGAGAAGGAAGAAGACACGGAGAAGAAACGUCAAUCAACCAGCACAAGCAAGACCGGUGCCAACGUCGAGGAGCCCAACUUUGUCCCAGAGGACGAAGAGUUCCACAAAUACAGUUACCGCGAUGUGGCCGAUUUGGACACUAACAACAACGAUAUGGAAAGAGUUGAUGCAAACGGGGCUGUGGUAACUAAUGCCGACGCAGGAAAUGUAUUUUCUGAUGCGAACGCGGUUACCCAGGACCCAAAGGCCUUCCCACCAAGCCAGACCGGUCAGCAAAGCUGGAAGGACACUAUCGUAGGCUUUUUCUCUCCUCAAAAGAGUUACGAUUUUUCUGCCGUUCGUGCGAGGUUGCCAUAUGUGUUUAACAACACGGUCCAGUACGACAAAGAAUAUCUGGAAACUGCGUACACUGAUCCAUGUGUGACCGACCCUGAGCCAAUUUUGUGGAUUGCGAAAGACCCUCUAGGUCUGUCUACCCAGCAGAUUCUGCUUGCUAGAACACACAGUGUCAAGGUUAGUGAUGAAUUCACGGCUUACGACGACAAAAACAGAGCUACGUUUUCUUUCAAUCCCCCAGACUACGAGCCUGUCGCCAAGCGCUAG